GCUUUCGAAGAAUGUUAGAGAAAAAGUCAGCUGAGGCUGAAGCUGAAGAUAAUAACCAGGAAGAUACCCAAAAUGAAGAUGAUAUUGGAGAAAAUGUUGAAGCACCAGAGGAAGAUGAUAUCCUGGAAAAUACAAAUUCACAAGCUGAAAAAGAUUUUAAAGAAAACAAUAAUACACAAGAGGUUGAUAAUAAACAAAUUGAAAAUAAUGCGGGAGAGGAGCAUGAGGAUCAGCAUGAAGACAACAGUCAAGAUGAAACCCCCCAUGUUGUUGCAGCUGAUAAAGAUCCUUUUAUGAUUUUGGAAGAAGUUGACGAGAAUUAUCUCUUGAUUCCAGAAGAAUUAGGUCCAAUUUCUGUAAAACCUGGUGAACCAGUUUAUGCUGCAGUUGAAGAACAUGUCGUAAAUUAUUCAGAAAGAGCUGAACCAAAAAACUCUUUUGUGCUUAAGGGGUUUUAUGGAAUUGAUGGAACAGAAUCAAGUUUUUCUGAUGUUGCCAGUACAUCCAAGCAAACCCUUUCAUCAAAACAGGGCAAAUCAUCUGAAACCAGACAUGAUCUUCCAUCUAUGUCUAGCCACAGAUUCAAACAUGGCUGUACUUUCACACACGACUAUCCAUCCUUACAGGACUAUCCACCCACAAAGGGAUAUCCAUCUUUACUGGGCUUAUCACCCGCAAAAGAAUAUCCGUCCUUACAGGGCCAUUCACCCACAAAAGUAUAUCCAUCCUUGCAGAGCCAUUCACCCGAAAAAGAAUAUCCAUCCUUACAGGGCCAUUCACCCGCAAAAGAAUAUCCAUUCUUACAGAGCAAUCCACCCGUACAGAGAUACCAAUCUUCUCCUAGAUAUCCUAACAUUCAUGGCAAUUCUUCCACCCAUGGUGAUACUUUAACACAUGCUCAUUCAUCAACACAUGGCCAACCAAACAUACAUAGAUAUCUAUCCAAACAUGGUCAUCCAUCUGUAUUGAGAAAAGAGCCCAAAAUCAAAUAUAGGGAUACAAAAUCUGUUAAAAGGCCUUAUGUUCUGGAGGAGCAUGAUUGGCUCAAUCCUAACUUUGGAGCAAAUUCAAAAAGCUACAAUAAUCAAUCACUAGAUCUGAACAGUCCAAAAAGAAAAGAUUUAGUAAGUAAAAUUCAAGAUUUUGCAUUGCCUAAAAGUCUAGGUCACUUAAACAUUCAAUCUAACAAUAAAAGAUUGAAAAGUUAUGUUGAAGAGCCACAAGAUGAGCCUCAGAGUGAUAAUGUCGGAUUGGGGCAAAGAGAGGGUAUUCACCUUCCUCUUCAAGCUCCCUUGCAGAGUCAGCAGGAGUUCAGCAUGAGCUCAAACAGUUUGAAAAGGAACUACUUGACAGAAACACCCUCAACAUCAAAUUUUGAUGUGCCUUCAGGAUUCUUAUAUCCAGUAAGAAAGGAGAUCAGAGAUGGAGAUUGGACAUCAAAUGCUAUACUCAAUAGUGUCCGGAAUGAUUCAAACAUAUCUAAUAUUAUUGAUUCAAUGAAAUAUUCUAUUUCAAGUUUUCCCUUCUCUGCUGUCCCUUAUCCCAAUGAGACUUUUAUCCGAAGAAAUCCCUUUCUUGAUCCUGUUCCCGUCAUCAACCCAUACAUUGGACAAUUUGCUACUUCUGUCUAUGACACCCAUCAACCACUGAGCCUGAAACCUGUAAAUGAUGGACCAAUAAGACAAACACGAGUUUCAGCUUCAUCAACUAUACAAUCCUUUCAUGUAGAAAGGAAUGAAAGUCCAGAAUUGAGAUACAUCUCUCCUAGUUCAGUCAUUAACACUGUUCCAAAUGAGGAAGAAGAAGAGAAGCUAGACAUAGAAAACGACCCUGAAAUAGAAGAGUUUAUAAAUACACAAUUAGAAUUUCAUCACAAGAAGUUUGGAAAGAUAGCAUGCGUCUCACCUCCAGGAACCAAGGGGACUGAAUUAGAGGGAACUGUACAGCUGCAGAAAUCAGCAAAUGCUGGAGAAUCCACCUUCAGACCCAGUGUUAUAAUGAAGACAUCAUCUUUUGACCCGAUAGCCAAGAUAAACGAAGAUAUCGGAGUUUCUAUUGUUUCACCAGAACUUGACAAUUCUGGAACAUAUUCUUCAGAAGAGGAAAUAGAACACUUGAAGAUAGAUGAUGAUGCCUUGCUGAAGAUCGUUAACUCACUGGAUCUGAGAAGUUUAGAAAACGUGUACACAGCAGAGGAGACCAAUUAUUUAAGGACUAAGACCCAACUGUUCUGGGACCAUUGGUCCACCUACAGUUUAGGUCCUGAGGUUAUGAAGGAAUAUAUUCAGUGGGCGAGAAGUGGAUUUAAGAUUCCUCUAAACCCAGAAUUCCAUGUAACUGCAAGCAGAGUGUAUCAUAAACGUCUCAUAGCAUAUUUGUUUGAAUUUGAUGAUCUGACUAAAUUUGCAAAAUCAGACUACUUCACCCUUCUCAGAUGUAAUGUAAGGAAAGGAGUUUCUCUGUAUACUUUGUGGAAUUACAACAUAAAAGAUGCCCUAGAACAACAUCGUAAUGCAAUAGGGGCCACUGAUUAUCUGAUCUGGCAAGAAAACGGAGCUAGACCUGUAGGUGUUAAAGACGUAGUUCAGCAUUUAUCCAUUGAUGUCGAUAGAAAGAGAAAAAUAUUCGAGUUCAUGGACAAGUUUGCGAAACCCUGCUUACAAGGUAUUGAGAUGUAUUAUUUAAUGGUUGCCAUCAUUCUCUACGAACCUAAUACACCUGGUCUAAUUAACCCUAGGGCUGUCCGCGAUAUACAAGAGGAGUAUAGGACUAUGCUCAAACGGCAUCUGAAAAAGAAAGAACCUGAAACCUGGAGAUAUUCCUUGGAUACAGUGGAGGAAUGUAUUAGAGAACUUCAUACCUUAGAUUCAUUGCUUAAUUUCUGCUAAGGAAUCUACAUUGGAGGAAUGUUAUAGAAAACUAAAUUCCUUAGAUAUAUUGCUUCAUUGCUUCUAAGGAAUCUAAAUUGGAGGAAUGUGAUGAAAAACUUCAUUCCUUAGAUUCAUUGCUUCAUUGCUACUACUACUAUAAAGGAAGCUACACUAAACUAAGGGUGUAAUGCAAGGAAAGUUAAUUUCGGUCGUGUAUACUCUGCGUACAUAUUGAAACCAGUUCUCUUUGGGCGGAA